ACUGUUUCUUAGUGCAAGUCAGCCACUGUAUUUGUUUACUUGUCAGUUUAAGGCGUUUACAUGGCCACUUAUAUGAUAGCAUGACUGCAACUAAAUCACGCCUUUUACGAGCACAGAUAGCAGAGCUAGCAAAAUCAGUAAAUGUGAAAUGGGGCAAAGAGAAAUUUGAUGCAGUAGAGCUGAACACCGAGGAACCACCCAUGGUUUUUAAGGCUCAGCUCUUUGCCCUGACAGGAGUUCAGCCUGACAGGCAGAAGGUCAUGGUGAAGGGAGGCACUCUGAAGGAUGAUGAGUGGGGAAACAUUAAAUUGAAAAAUGGAAUGACUCUGCUGAUGAUGGGCUCAGCAGAUGCCCUGCCUGAGGAGCCUGCUGUCCGUCCUAUGUUUGUAGAGGACAUGACUGAGGAGCAGCUGGCCUCAGCGAUGGAGCUGCCUUGCGGACUGACAAAUCUGGGCAACACCUGCUACAUGAAUGCCACAGUACAGUGCCUGCGUUCUGUGCCAGAGCUCAAAACUGCACUCAGAAGGUAUUCAGGUGCUCUGAGAUCUUCAGGGGAAAUAAAAGGGGCAAAUGCACCAUCACAGUACAUCACAGCAGCCCUUCGUGACUUAUAUGGGACCAUGGACAAGACUUCAUCCAGCCUCCCACCCAUCAUUUUGCUGCAGUUCCUUCACAUGGCCUUUCCACAGUUUGCUGAGAAGGGGGACCAGGGGCAGUACCUCCAGCAGGAUGCAAAUGAGUGCUGGUUACAGAUGAUGAGAGUGCUACAGCAAAAAUUGGAGCCAUUAGAACCAGAGACGCCAAUGGAGACUGAUUCUGAGAGUGGAGCUGCCUCUGCCUCUACGAAGAAGAACUUCAUUGACCAGUAUUUUGGCGUAGAAUUUGAAACUUCCAUGAAAUGCACCGAGUCUGAGGAAGAGGAGCCAAUCAAGGGCAAGGAAAACCAGCUCCAGCUCAGUUGCUUCAUCAACCAAGAAGUCAAAUACCUCGCAACAGGACUGAGGCUGAGACUGCAGGAAGAAAUUACUAAAAUGUCUCCAACAUUGGAAAGGAAUGCCCUGUAUAUAAAAUCUUCAAAACUCAGCCGUCUCCCUGCCUACUUGACUAUUCAGAUGGUCAGAUUUUUCUACAAAGAGAAGGAAUCUGUCAAUGCAAAAGUCCUUAAGGACGUCAAGUUCCCACUCAUGCUGGAUGUCUAUGAACUGUGCACCUCAGAGCUCCAGGAGAAAAUGCUGCCAGCCAGGUCAAAGUUUAAGGAGGUCGAGGAUAAGCAGCUAGAGAAACUGCAGGAAAAGAGCACUACAUUUAAGUCUCCCAGUGUCGAAGGAACUGUAACAGUUUGUUUUUCUGCAGACCUCGGUUCCAACAACAGUGGCUACUAUGACCUGCAGGCUGUGUUGACACACCAGGGCCGCUCUAGCUCAUCAGGUCACUAUGUGGGAUGGGUCAAAAGGAAGGAAGAUGAGUGGGUCAAGUUUGAUGAUGACAAGGUGAGUCUGGUGUCUCCAGAGGAUAUCCUACGACUGUCUGGGGGCGGAGACUGGCAUAUAGCAUAUGUUUUACUGUACGGCCCCCGGCGGCUGGAACUUCUUGAAGAGGAACAGUAGCUUUGGAAGAUUUCUUACAAGACAACAUCCAACACAUACAGAUUGCCAUUUCCAAGCACUGUUUGCAUAGAUGUGCAAUAAAACUGGUGUCUUUAAAGAUUUGAUUACCUUAAUUUUUUUUGUUUUGAAACCAACACAGAUGCUUGUAAAAUUCUGUCAAAUGGUGUUAAAAAUAUCUAAUCAUGGUAGGCUUUGAAAAUGGAGGCAGUCUUUGGACUGGAUCCUUGAAAGAGGUUUUUAAGUCUAGCUCUGCAGUUUCAAUGUUUUAUACACAUUGUAUAUUUUUUUAAAGCCUUUGACAAGGUGUUCAUAUCAUUAAAGCAAAAUAUUUCUCUUUAGUCAUUUAAUCAACUUGUACAAACAUGCCUAGCCAAACUGUCGUCCUGGGCGUUUUGGCUUGUCUUCUCAGUUGUAAUAUGGAGAUUUUCACUUUAACACUGUAAAGCCUUGCCCUCGUUCCCACUGUGGGAAAUGCUUGUUGUAGGAAGUGUGUGGAGAACAGGUUCAUCACAGGUUGCCCCUUGUGGUGAAUGAACUGUGUGAAGUUAAAUAAAGACUUGAUUCAACCUUGAUAGUUUA